ACUAGUAGUUAAUCACUAACACCGUUAGCAAAUAGCAACCACCGUGACAUGGCGGCCUCCUCUUCCACGGUAACGAACUUAAUCUCCACCGUCCAUCACGACAUCAUAGAAUCCCACAUCCUGACACGUCUCGACGGCCCAACCCUAGCCUCCGUCUCCUGCACCUCCUCACACCUCCACAAGCUCGCUUCAAACGAGCUCCUCUGGUCCAAACUCCGCCGCUCCACGUGGCCUUCCACCGCCGCCAUCUCCGCCGAUGAUUCCCGCCUUUUUUUCUCCGACGCAUACUCCGUCCUCGACAACGCCGGUCCAGUCUCCGAUCUCGACCGUCCGUUCCCGGAGCUGAUCUCCGCCGUGGAUGUCCACUACAGAGGGAAACUGGUUUUGAGUAGAGUGGUGAAGACGGAGACGACGACGGCGUGGUUCCGUAGCUCGCCUCUUCGGAUCGAUCUCGUGGAUGCGAAGGAGACGGUGCCGACGACGGCGAUCGAGGGAGGAGGAAGGUGGACGGAAGACACGUGUCGUGAUCUAGAGCAUGGUCUGACGUUGAGCUGGAUAGUGAUCGAUCCGAUAGGGAAGCGAGCGGCGGAUCUUUCGAGUCACAGGCCGGUGACGGUGCAGAGAAACUGGCUGAGCGGUGGAGUGGAGGCGAAGUUCGCGACGGUGGUGGGGUCGGUGGAGUGUGUGGUAACGGUGGUCACGUGCGGGGAGGAGGAGGUGCACGUGAAGGAGGUGAGUCUGAAGGUGGAGAAGAUGGAGGGAACGCAUUUGAACGGGGAGGAUAGUUUGGUCAUUUUGAGGAGUGUGAUGGAGGGUAAAAGAGGAAAUGGAGGAAGGAGAGAAGUUGAGUCAAAGAGGAGACACGAGGAGUUUAUGGAGAAGAGGAGAGAUGUGAAAGAGAAGACGAUGAGGGUAGAAUUGGUAUUUGACGUUUUAACGGUAGCUGUUGGGAUUUUAGGUUUUGUAUCGCUUGUUGGGUUUUAUCUUUGGUCUCGGUGACUUUGAUUUUAUCAAAUUCAAGAAGCAGUUAGAUGAAUUCUCAGAACUAAAAAUGGGAUAUUGAUCGGAACCGAACCGAACCAAAAAGGUUUUCAGUUCAAGUGCGGUUAUGAAUUCGAAUUCUAACAAAAAUUCUAAAUCAAACUAACCAAAUUUCAAAUCAAAAUAAAAUAUAAUAACCCAU